CCUCCUCCUCGCCUCCGCCAUCCACCCGGCAGCCGCGAAGCAGCAACCAUGCGUGAGUGCAUCUCCAUCCAUGUUGGCCAGGCUGGUGUCCAGAUCGGCAAUGCCUGCUGGGAGCUCUACUGCCUGGAACAUGGCAUCCAGCCUGAUGGCCAGAUGCCAAGUGACAAGACCAUUGGGGGAGGAGAUGACUCCUUCAACACCUUCUUCAGUGAGACAGGAGCUGGCAAGCAUGUGCCCCGGGCAGUGUUCGUAGACCUGGAACCCACGGUCAUCGAUGAAGUUCGCACCGGCACCUACCGCCAGCUCUUCCACCCUGAGCAGCUCAUCACAGGCAAGGAGGAUGCUGCCAAUAACUAUGCUCGUGGCCACUACACCAUUGGCAAGGAGAUCAUUGACCUUGUCCUGGACAGGAUUCGCAAGCUGGCUGACCAGUGCACAGGUCUCCAGGGCUUCUUGGUUUUCCACAGCUUUGGCGGGGGAACUGGCUCUGGCUUCACCUCCCUGCUGAUGGAGCGGCUCUCUGUGGAUUACGGAAAGAAGUCCAAGCUGGAGUUCUCCAUUUACCCAGCCCCCCAGGUUUCCACUGCUGUGGUUGAGCCCUACAAUUCCAUCCUCACCACCCACACCACCCUGGAGCACUCUGAUUGUGCCUUCAUGGUAGACAAUGAGGCCAUCUAUGAUAUCUGUCGUAGAAACCUCGACAUUGAGCGCCCAACCUACACUAACCUAAACAGGUUGAUAGGUCAAAUUGUGUCUUCCAUCACUGCUUCCCUCAGAUUUGAUGGGGCCCUGAAUGUUGAUCUGACAGAAUUCCAGACCAACCUGGUACCCUACCCUCGUAUCCACUUCCCUCUGGCCACUUAUGCCCCUGUCAUCUCUGCUGAGAAAGCCUACCACGAGCAGCUUUCUGUAGCAGAGAUCACCAAUGCCUGCUUUGAGCCAGCCAACCAGAUGGUGAAAUGUGACCCUCGCCAUGGUAAAUACAUGGCUUGCUGCCUGCUGUACCGUGGUGAUGUGGUUCCCAAAGAUGUCAAUGCUGCCAUUGCCACCAUCAAGACCAAGCGUACCAUCCAGUUUGUGGACUGGUGCCCCACUGGCUUCAAGGUUGGCAUUAACUACCAGCCUCCCACUGUGGUACCCGGUGGUGACCUGGCCAAGGUGCAGAGAGCUGUGUGCAUGCUGAGCAACACCACAGCCAUUGCUGAGGCCUGGGCUCGCCUAGAUCACAAGUUUGAUCUGAUGUAUGCCAAGCGUGCCUUUGUGCACUGGUAUGUGGGUGAGGGCAUGGAGGAGGGUGAGUUCUCUGAGGCCCGUGAGGACAUGGCUGCCCUAGAGAAGGAUUAUGAGGAGGUUGGUGUGGAUUCUGUGGAAGGCGAGGGGGAGGAAGAAGGAGAGGAAUACUAAAUUAAAUGUCACAAGGUGCUGCUUCCACAGGGAUGUUUAUUGUGUUCCAACACAGAAAGUUGUGGUCUGAUCAGUUAAUUUGUAUGUGGCAAUGUGUGCUUUCAUACAGUUACUGACUUAUGAAUGAUUGAUUUGACAGAGACCCAAGCUGCCCAUUUCACUUAUGGGUUUUAAAUAAAAUACUCCC